AGCUUAUUAACAAAGAUUUUUAUAAAAAACUAAAACUCAAAUUGCUAUACAACAAGUGUUUGCAUUCGAGUUCAAUACCGUACCUACUGAGUUUCCCGCGGAAAGUGAAACUUUCGCCGUACGUUCAUAAUAGCACAAUGCUAUCUUCAUCUAAUGUAGAAAGGCUAAUUGCAGAGAAAAGGCGUGAGAUAGAGAGGGAGAAAACUGUGCUGGGAUUGUGGCCGGCGGAACACGAUCUCCAAAGAAAUGUCAAAGAAGAUGCAGUAUCAACAGUCAAUGGCAAGAAACAAGUGAAAUUUGAAGAAGACAAGGUCCUGCCUCAUAGCCAUGACUCCUCAAAGGAUGAGGAAGAAAGUGUACUAUCAGAGACAACACAUGAAGAACUUGAUGAUAGUGAUAGCAUACCACCAGCAUUAGAGAGAUAUAUCAGGCGCUACGUAGGUCUGCCAGUGAUGCUGAAGGCGGGCGAGUACUCCCCCAACAACCCGCUGGUGCGGGGCGAGCGCGCGGCGGGGGACGCGCUGCUCGGACUCGGCGAGUACGAGCGACGGAGGAACACGCUGCGGAAGAUUCGACAGCAACAGUAUAGAGAGUAUCUUGAUCAGCAAGCCAAAAAGAAGCAAGAAGCCAAAGAGCAAGCAGAGAGGGAGCGUCGCGAGAGAGAGCAGAAGGAGAGAGAGCGAGAGGAGAGGGAGAGGGAGCUACUGCAGGAGCGAGAGAGAUAUAGCGCCGAGCGACGACGGAGCGUGCAGUGUAUACCGGACUCGACCGUGUACAAUAAUAAUAAUAAAGUGGAUAUGGGCGUGCAGGUGGACGGGUUCACGUGUCCGCUCUCCGUCGCCGUACAAACUGAUGACAACGAGAUGUUCCGGUUGCCAGGCUCCGGUAAGUCCCAGCUAACUGAAGCAGAGCGCGAGCUGUCCCCGCGCACUGCCGGCCCGCAUACUGGCUGGAUACACGAGAGACGGCGGAGCUAUGGGGACUAUGACGAGCGUACAUCGUCGCUAGUGAAGCAGUGUACACGCGACAAGUUGCAGUCGGAGCCGCGGUACUCGCGCUCUAUAUUCGACGCCGACGCCAUACAACUGCGCAAUAUGCAGGCUGAGAAGGAAGCAGCAGAACGUCGCCAGUUCUACCAACAGGAACUGAGGAACCAAAUUCUAGAACAACAGAGAAUUAGAGAGGAGAGGAAGACGAGGGAGAAGAUGCUAGAACAAGCGGAGAUGCGUCGUCUGGAGGAACAACUUAGGAUGCUCCGCGUGGCACAGGACCGGGAACUGAACAAGCAACACGAUAUCACUGCCGCCAUGAAAGAAAAUGCAACAGAAUACCACAGUAAGCGCACAGAACUACAAAAAGAGAUCGACAUCGAACAGCGCAACGUUCGCGUCGCGCAACCACGCAACACUCAACAACGGAACACUCCUACAACAGACACAAGCCCAUCGAAGCUACCAUUCUACUACCCACGCGUACAGGAGAGAACUAACGAAAUAUGUGACAAGAAACCAUACUCAAUGAACAUACCAGACACGUCAAUAUUCUCAGCUAACUACGACGUAGAUUCAUACUUAAGAAAGAACUUAAACUUCAAUAAAAAGUACGACGAAAUCUCAGAGAAACACGAUCAUAACAAGCUUAUCGAAAAGGCUUUAGUUCACCAUCCAGAAGAACGAGACCGUCCUGAAGUAACGCCGUCCUUUAACAGUAUAGAGAAUAAUAUAGAUAGUUUACCCAUACCAGUGUUGCGGCAUUCGCCUAAAAUACCCGAAAGUAUCGAUGAAACGUCAAAAAUGAGUGAAGCUAUGAAGAAAGUUGAUGACAAGUGGAAAGUGCCUGCUGUACAGAAGAAUAUAUUGAAAGCUUUACCUAAUGAAGAAGGGAAAAGCGUUAAUAUUUUAACUCAACUCGGUUCCAUAAGGCGGCAAUUACAACUAGAACAGUUAAAACUAGACAAAAUGAUCACUAAUGAUGAUGUUUGAAAUGUACAUACGACUGCAUGUCAAGUUAUGCAACAACCAAUAUAAACUCACCAUGAAUGUGUGGAGAGAUCAUACAAAACGAGUUCACGAUAAAUUGGUUUUGUAUAGCUCGAUGGGUAGCCGUGUGUUGGUCAUUGCGUGGAAACUGAUCGAGUCAAGAACCUUAAGAGGUAGACCGGAGGAAAUAAGAAAGUACUGAAUGGCAGCAAGGAAUGAUAAAGUGGUAUAACUUGAAAAUCAUAGUCUUGUUACAGAUAAUGAAAUAAUAUUGGACAUGUAUUUUUUUGGCGUAAUGCUUAGUUAAAACGAGUUUGUAAGAGCUCACAACGUCUGCUUGAUAUGAAAUGUACUAAUGAGAUAUUAUCGUGAGAAUAACUAUCGUGAGACAUACUAAACUAACUAAAACCUGCGUGUUGCUUACGUGAAUAUACUGCG